AUGAAAGACUGCCUUGCCUUCCCCAAAGCUGUUCUUAUCCAGGGUGGACCGCAGUUUCGAUCUCGCAUAGAUCUUAUCAACACCCCCAGCGGGAGUCGAACGGUGACAGUGCAGAAUGGGAGCCUGAAACAUUAUCCACUCGGCCGCAUUGCCACAAAUGCACUUGGAUCACAGGACAAAUGUGAAUUUCAAGGAAGGCCAGGCCUGGAUAAGAACAACUUUUGGGAAAGCAAGGAUAUCUGA